UUAAGCCCAAUUCUUUUUAUUUCCUGAGAUUCUCGUCUCUCUUCUUCUUCAGGGGUUUUCAGGGUGUGACUGGGUGCUUCUCAGCUGCUAUAGAGCUGAAAUUUGUGGAAAACUCUGGGCCAUUGUAUCGACCGGCACUCCCUCUAACUCCAACCCAAUGGGUAUCCUGUUCACUCGAAUGUUUUCUUCAGUCUUCGGCAACAGAGAAGCUCGAAUUCUCGUUCUCGGCCUAGACAAUGCUGGAAAAACCACUAUUCUCUAUCGGCUUCAAAUGGGUGAGGUGGUCUCCACGAUUCCAACAAUUGGGUUUAAUGUGGAAACAGUUCAGUAUAACAACAUCAAGUUUCAAGUCUGGGAUCUGGGUGGACAGACAAGUAUCAGGCCAUACUGGAGAUGUUAUUUCCCAAAUACUCAAGCAAUAAUUUAUGUUGUUGACUCAAGUGACACUGAUAGAAUUGUAAUAGCCAAGGAUGAAUUUCAUGCAAUUUUGGAGGAAGAAGAAUUGAAAGGCGCCAUUGUCCUCAUCUUUGCAAACAAGCAGGAUCUUCCUGGUGCACUUGAUGAUGCUGCUUUAACAGAAGCUUUGGAGUUGCACAAGAUAAAAAACCGCCAAUGGGCUAUUUUUAAAACUUGCGCCAUAAAGGGUGAAGGCCUCUACGAGGGCUUGGACUGGUUGAGUAAUAUUCUCAAGUCAGGUGGCUAAAUUCAUUUUCAGGAAUAAUCAGAGCAAGCUUUCUGUAGACUUAGAAGGGGCUUUGUUGUCAACAUGGCCACUGGGGCUUUCGAUUCCUUUUCUUAGGAUUGGGGCUUUUUCUGUGAAUUUUGGACUAAAAAGAUAUUUAAUCACCCCUUAAAAAUGCUGAUUAGAUAUGAUUUCAGGGAAAAGGUAAAAAUUAUUUUUCUAUUUUUAAUGAUAUAUUGUGUAUUUUUAUUC